AAUGCUGUGAGAGUCUGUGUGCGUUUGUUUGUGUGUGGGUGUGCACGCCUCUGUAUGAAUUCUCCUGUGCAAAAUCAGCUCAGAGGUACAUUGGGAUUAAGCGGCUGAGCUGAUCUCAUUGACAUUUUAGAUUAGCACUGUCUGCAGGGCCUCAUCUCUCUGUCAGCGAUACAGGAUUAAGAUAGCACUUUGACGAAGGUAAGUCACACAUGAUUGAUAAUUUCUGCCUAGGAUCACCCAUGCAUGAUUCCGCCGCCAGGAUUUCUCAACAUGCAUAUGGAUUGUAACCUGCAGCACCUGUCUCAUACAAAAUAUAAAUAUGAUACAUAUACAAGUUGUUUAAAGGAUUUUAAAUAAAAAUGUUGAGAGUUUUAUUCAACUGCCAUUUUACUUCUGACUCCAAGGCAGGAUUGCAUCCAUCAUAUGUGCUUGAAUCGUUAUAGUUUUUUAUUUAUUCAUGGGAAAGUCCCCACUCUGAUUCAGCAAAUCUUAUAAAUUAUUUAACAGCUCUAUUCCCUAUAGAAGAAAAACACACAUAAUAACCAUGACAGAACGUCUACACUUUCUAUGUUUCAUUUUUGACUUGUAGUUCUAAAAUUAUCAGUUGCUAUUUACAGAUUUUGGUAUGGCUUCUUUUUUAGGGCUAAAGAACAGGUGGUAGAGCCAGUGCUCAGCUCGCUGUUAAACUCCACACGCCUCCAGUCUGCAUACUGUGCGUGUGUGUUUGUGUGUGUGUGUGUGUGUGUGCGUGUGUGCGUCCGUGCAUGCAUUGGUGUUACAGUCUGCAACUGAAAGUAAAAGCAAGAUCAGGGGAGCCAGUUUAUUUGACUGCCUAUGUCCAUGCCUAUCUUCAUGCAUGUGCUUCCUCCUGCACACUGAGGAUGAUGAUGGUGAGCGACGACUGUCUGGUGGAGUGUAAGAUCGAUGAUGACAGUGAUGAAGAUGAUGGAGGAGAAGAACAGAUGAGCACCCCUCCUCCUCCGCCAGAGUUUGCAUCCAAAUCCCCGACUCCGGCGCCAGAGCCUCCAACCCCUCCGGCGGCCCCUGUGACACCCACACCCACCCGUCCUGUCAGCAGGGACCCUUAUGGCAUCAACAAGCACCUACAGGUGGAGGUCAGUGAUGUGCUGGCAGAGCCCGCUUCUCCCCGUAGUAUAGACCAGGUGUGGUUUUACAGCGUCACCGGCUUUGAGAAGGCUCGCACAUGGACCUACUGCUGCCUCACCUUGCUGCUCGCCGUGCCCUUCGCUUUCCUCUGUGGCGUCUUCCUGGCCAUUCUUGCUUGUCUACACGUCUGGUUUGUGGUUCCUUGCAUACAGCUGAGCAACACCUUCCUGCCGUGCCUGCGGUCCUUGUGCAUAUGUUCUGUGAAUGUUUUCAUCUCCCCCUUGUGUGAGUCUCUCGCCCUCUGCUGCAGUCAAAUUGCCAUUUCACUCUCAAACAAAGACUCGCAUCAAAUGGGGGACAGAGAGGCUGCACCAGUGUAAUACGUCGCUAGCAGGUGAUAAGUGAGGGGCACUGGAUUUUGAGUAUAGGACCUGAUUUCCAGAAGUCAUAACUCGUAUUGGAUGUGAGCACUGAUGACUCAGACUUGGAUACAGGCAUUGAGUGCAUUCACACUCUGGAGAAGUCCCUGCCUUUUCUUUCUUUUUUUUAUAACAUUAUAAAAGCCACACUAUAAAACCUUUUUUUACGUUAAACUAGCAGCUUCACCCUGAACACCUGACGUGCAAUGACCUCUGGUGAACCUCUGGACAUUCUGAAAAAAAUCUGCAGAUUGUCCAGAGGAGCCCAUGGGAAAGCAAAGCAGGAGACCUCCACAGGCUUCACCACGAGUGAGUGGAUGUGUUGAUGACACUUCUUAUCUGUAAUGGAUGCAAAAAAUGUAAAAACAUGGCGGUGCCAUACAUACAAUUACUUUAAAACAAAAACAAAAACACAAGAUCUUUAGGGGGAUUUCUUGCUGUGUUGCUCAUGAGUGAAAAGCCAGCUCUUGAGAAAGUCUGGACCAAAUUCUGCAGACAUCUUCUGGAAUACAUGUGUUAAAAAUGUCUUACAAAUUUUGUUGGUGGGUCUGAUCUCCUAUGAUAAGGGAGUAGCUGAUGUAAUACAUUUCCAGAAUCAAGUUCAAUAAAGCUGUUACUGUAGAUCAAUUACAAAGACAUAGAAGUCAGUAAAAAACAACUUUAAGCCACAAUAUUCAGAGAGGAAACGUUUUGAAUCAGAAUUUCUAAACAGAGUUUGUUGGAUUUGUUACAUUGUAACUUGUGUGGUUCGGGAAGCAGAGGAUCAUGGGUAAUAUGCAUUGUUCAGUUGUAUUUCAGUUCAGUGAGUGGAACUACGCUGUCGGAGCUCCUCUCAACAAUGUGAUAGGCUGUGAUUUUCUGUGAAAACCACUUAUUUUUCAUAUUCAGAGCCCAACAAAAUGAUGUGUGGCUGCAGAGGCCGCUGUCUCUAAGUGAAAGUUAGAGAAUGUGGCUUUAGUUUUCCUGCAAGGGCAGGUACUGGUGUUCACCUACAAGCUGAUUCAUGUACAUACCAUCAUUUUGUAUUAUGAAAUAAAAUAUGCACAUAAAGAUGUGA